AUGGCUACAAAUCGCAAAUUCGAAAGCUACGAACUUCAAUUGUCCUUGCCCGACCGACCAUUUACCGUCGACUUUCCUCAACCACUCGACGACAGCGCGCCGUCGCCGAGAUUGCGCUCGUACAAGAAACGCGUGGCGGAUAUUGAUGGAAUGGUCGAUGGAGAAGAUGAACAGGAUGAUAUUCCGGAUCCCAAGACGCCGCUGACGGGUGUACGCGUCGUUGAAGCCAGCAGCUCGACCGCGGGUAUCAGUCGAGAGACGCUAGAUGUCGAUGAAGUCUAUACUGGCGCGUCAAAGGAUACGAUUCCCGAGGAUGUACAUGAGUAUCAGCUGUACAAACGAAGAUGGGUCGGCGUCGUCGCGCUCGUCCUCUUAAAUAUCGUAAAGGGAUGUAAUUGGGUCUGGUUUGGCUCGAUUGCGAACCUCAUGACCGCAGAGUUUGGAUUUACUCUCGGCCAAGUCAAUAUGUUUGGCAAUAUCCCACACAUUAGCUAUCUAUUAUUCAGCUGGUGUGUUCCCAUACUCGUGCGGCGAUGGGGUCUGCGUUGGUCGAGUGUAUUUGGCGCGUCUGUUCUUCUCAUCGCAUCUUGGAUCCGCUUCAGUGGGACUAUACGAUCACUCAAUACCACAGGCUCGUUCGGCCUAAUGCUCCUAGCCCAGCUACUUGUCGGUGUCACAGCACCGUGCUUCCAAGUCGUCGGACCUCGCUACGCAGAGGUCUGGUUCGACCUCAAAGGACGUGCCACCACGACCAUGAUCGUCGCCAUCUCCGAUCCACUAGGCACAGCCCUCGGCCAAAUCAUCGCACCCUUUCUCACAAACCUGCGCUUUGGACUCCUCGUCCUCGCUCUUGCCACAACCAUUGCAUUUCCACUCGCCUUUGCGGUUCUCCCACAACCACCCAAACCGCCAACCUACUCUGGCUCGCUCAUCUCUCCACCAAUCUCCCAGACUCUCCGCGCCGCGUUUGGCUUUGCUAGACCAGGCGAGCAGGUGCUCACAAAGACGGAACGAGUCGACUUUUUCAUCCUCUUUUUCGUGUUUGGCGUACUAGUGGCCGGCACGUCGAGCUUUUCAGUCUUUAUUGCGCAAAUAUUCCAGCCAUAUGGCUACUCACCUGGGGUCAGUGGAAUCAUGGGUGGUGCCUUUUUGCUCAGUGGGCUCGUCGCGGCUAUCCUCUCUGCGCCAAUAUUCGAUCGCGUCCUCGUACACCAUUUGGCGAGGACUGUACACGUUCUUCUACCGACGCUAGGUGUCGUGUGGAUUGGACUCAUAUUUGCUGUCAAACCAAACAACCUCGGUGGCAUCUAUGCCGUACUCGUCCUCAUUGCUUCCAUCUCCUUUAUCCUACUUCCCGUCGGACUGGAACUAGGCGUCGAGAUUACGCGCAAUGCCGAGACAAGUACAGCUGUUCUUUGGAGCGGUGGAAACUUUGUCAGUUUUAUUUGGGUUCUCGUAAUGGAUGCGCUGCGUGCUCCAGAGACAGCCAACCCACCACUCAAUAUGCGCAAUGCACUCAUAUUCAACGCAGCGUUUAUUGCAGCCACUGCCUGCCUCGUCGUCUUCUUUACUGGCAAGCAGACUCGGCGCGAAAAGGAUGAGGAAAUGGCAAAACGUGCUGCGGCGCGUUCUGACUGA